AUGUCGAAUGUUACCUAUCACAUUUCCAAUCUGUUGGAAAAAAUGACAUCCACUGACAAAGAUUUUCGGUUUAUGGCCACUAAUGAUCUAAUGAUGGAGCUACAGAAAGAUUCAAUCAAAUUGGAUGAGGACAGCGAGAAGAAAGUGGUGACCAUGCUUCUGAAGUUGUUAGAGGACAAAAAUGGGGAAGUUCAGAAUUUGGCAGUCAAGUGCCUAGGUCCACUGGUGUCAAAAGUGAAGGAAUACCAAGUAGAGAUGAUGGUGGACACCCUAUGUACCAAUAUGGUAUCUGACAAAGAGCAGUUAAGAGACAUCUCUAGCAUGGGACUGAAAACAGUCAUUGCUGAACUGCCCCCUGCUUCUGCAGGUAAGAGUCUGACUGCUAAUGUGUGUAAGAAAAUUACAUCUCAGCUGAUCGGAGCCUUGGGGAAGCAAGAUGAUGUGUCAGUCCAACUGGAGGCACUGGAUAUCCUGUCUGACAUGUUGGGAAGGUUGAGCAGCUCCCUGGUCAGUUUCCAUUCAUCAAUCCUGAGCAGCCUCCUCCCUCAGCUGACCAGUCCACGCAUGGCGGUUAGGAAACGCUCCAUCAUCGCUCUGGGUCACCUGGUGCCCACCUGCAGCCCUGCUCUCUUCACUCAGCUCAUCGAACACCUGAUGACUGAGCUGAGCCGCGGAACUGCUACGUCAGCCACGCGCACAUACAUCCAGUGCUUGGCCACUGUGGGCCGGCAGGGAGGACACAGAGUCGGUGAACACUUGGUGAAAAUUAUCCCAAUGGUCGUUAAGUUCUGUAAAGUUGAAGAUGAUGAAUUAAGGGAAUACUGCUUUCAGGCUUUUGAGGCCUUCAUCCGCAGGUGCCCUAAGGAGAUGUCCCCCCACAUCCCCACGGUCAUUAAGCUGUGUCUGACAUACAUCUCCUAUGACCCCAACUACAACUAUGAUGCGGAUGAUGACCAGGAUGACUCUAUGGACACUGAGGAUGGAGAAGACGAAGAUCAGGAAUCGGAUGAUGAAUACAGUGAUGAUGAUGACAUGAGCUGGAAGGUGCGGCGUUCCUCUGUGAAGUGCCUGGAGGCGGUGAUCAGCUGCCGCAGGGACCUGCUGGUAGAGCUGUACGGAUCCGUGUGUCCAUCGCUGGUAGCCCGCUUCAAGGAGCGGGAGGAGAACGUCAAGACAGACAUCUUUCUAGCGUUUGUGGCCUUGCUUAGGCAGACAAGACCCCCCCAGGGUUCUCUGUCUGCUGUGGAUACUGGAGUUAAAGAGGACCCAGCUGUGGCUCUGCUGAAGAAACAGAUCCCAAAUGUGGUGAAGGCCUUGCACAAACAACUGAAGGAGAAGAGUAUGAAGUCCAGACAAGGUUGUUUCAGUCUGUUGACAGAAAUGGCGAACGUGUUACCAGGUGCCCUGGGAGAACAUAUACCUGUUCUCAUUCCUGGUAUUGUGUACUCCCUCACAGACAAGUCUACCUCUUCCAACAUGAAGAUGGAUGCUCUUUCUUUCCUCCACGUGCUUCUGUGCAGUCAUGCUCCAGAAGUCUUUUACCCACAUAUCAAAGUCAUUUUGCCACCAGUGAUUCAGUGUGUUGAAGACCCUUUCUAUAAAAUCACCUCAGAGGCCCUCCAAGUGACACAGCAGAUAGUUAAGAUGAUGCGUCCUCUGGAGAGACCUUCCACUUUUGACACGAAGCCUUAUAUAAAAGAUGUGUUCGCCAGCACCCUCAAGAGACUUAAGGCAGCAGAUAUUGACCAGGAAGUGAAAGAAAAAGCUAUAUCGUGCAUGGGCCACAUUGUAAGUCACCUAGGGGACCAGCUAGGUGGAGACCUGCAGCCAACCUUACAGAUCUUUCUGGAAAGACUGAAGAAUGAAAUCACCAGACUGACGGCAGUUAAGACUCUUACACUAAUUGCUGGUUCGCCACUCAAAAUAGAUCUAAGACCCAUCUUAACAGAGAGCAUCCCAAUUCUAGCCUCCUUCUUGCGAAAGAAUCAGCGUGCUCUUAAGCUAAGCACUUUAACAGCCCUUAACAUGAUUGUGAUGAACUACAGCGACAGCCUUAAACCUCCAAUGAUAGAAUCAGUGUUGAAUGAGUUGCCUGCUUUAAUUGAUGAGAGUGACAUGCAUGUCUCUCAGGUGGCCAUUAUGCUCCUCACUUGUAUUGCCAAAGUGUGCCCAUCCUCUCUUUCAAAAAUUGGGGGUGCUGUUUUGCCUGAAGUGCUCAAUUUGGUGCAUUCUCCCUUACUGCAAGGUGGUGCUCUUGGUUCCAUCCUUGAAUUCUUCCAGGCCCUUGUGUUAACCAAGGCAAACAACAUGAACUACAGUGACCUCCUCAAAGCUUUAACCGGUCCAUUUUACAAGGCUAAGUCUGCGGAUGCCGUGCCCAUGCACAGACAGGCUUACUACUCUGUGGCAAAGUGUGUUGCAGCUCUGUCCUCAGCUUGUGCCAAAGAAGCUUCUGGAAUGGUCACCAACCUUAUCCAAGAAGUGAAGAGCCCAAAGUCAUCCGAGUCGGUGAGGAUACUGUCGUUUCUCUGUCUUGGCGAAGUAGGGCGUUCCAUGAAUUUGGGAGGACAGAAAGAACUCAAAACGGUCAUCAUGGAGGCCUUCUCCUCCCCCAAUGAGGAGGUGAAGUCAGCAGCGUCUUGUGCCUUGGGAAACAUCUGCGUGGGUAACUUGGAGGAUUACUUGCCAUUCAUGUUGAAGGAGAUAGGGAGUCAGCCCAAGAGACAGUACCUGCUCCUGCACUCCCUGAAAGAAGUGAUAAGUGCCUCCUCAGCAGAGAGUCUAAAGCCUCACGUGGAGGGCAUCUGGGCACUGCUCUUCAAGAACUGUGAGUGUGCGGAGGAGGGCACUCGAAAUGUCGUGGCAGAAUGCCUCGGGAGGCUCACUUUGGUCAACCCAUCUGAACUACUGCCUAGGCUCAAAAAGCAGUUGUCCUCAGGCUCAGCUCUUGCCCGCAGUACAGUGGUCACAGCUGUUAAGUUCACCAUUGUAGACCACCCUAUGCCCAUAGACUCACUCCUCAAAGGAUGCAUAGGGGAUUUCCUGAAGACACUUCAGGACUCUGAUCUUAAUGUGCGGCGAGUUGCCUUGGUGAUGUUCAAUUCAGCUGCCCACAACAAACCAACCCUAAUCCGUGGUCUUCUCACUUCAGUUCUCCCUCAUCUGUACAAUGAAACCAAAAUCAGGAAAGACCUCAUUCGUGAGGUGGAGAUGGGUCCCUUUAAGCAUACGGUGGAUGACGGCUUGGAUGUGCGAAAGGCAGCCUUUGAAUGCAUGUACACACUGCUAGAUAACUGUUUGGACUGCCUGGACAUCUUUGAGUUCCUUGAUCAUGUGGAAGAGGGCCUUAAAGAUCACUAUGACAUCCGAAUGCUGACUUUUAUCAUGCUGGCCAGAUUGUCCUCCCUGUGUCCAAGUGCAGUAGUGCAGAGACUAGAUCGCCUGGUGGAGCCACUUAGAGCAACCUGCACCACGAAGGUCAAAGCCGGCUCUGUGAAGCAAGAGUUUGAGAAACAGGAGGAGCUGCGGCGUUCUGCUAUGCGUGCAGUGGCAGCACUUUUGUCUAUUAAUGAGGUGGAGAAGAGUCCAGUUAUGGCAGACUUUGCCAACCAGAUAAGGACAAAUGCAGAAAUGGCCACCAUUUUUGAGAGUGUUCAAGGUGAACCUAUAUCAGGGGCUAUGGAGCCCAUGGACACUAGCUAG